AUGACCCUUGAAACGUUAUGGCUCCAGCUUGACGUUGCUAAGAUUGACCCUUCUCCCCAGGUCCCAAAGCCGUCUAGCUUCCGAGCUAAAGUUGAGCCAGAAGCAUGGAGCCAAGAUUUUACUCUUCACUCCAUUGACGACUAUGCCCCUCUGAAACACUUCAGAACUGUCAAGGAACUCAUAGAAUCUGCAGAGAACUGUCGUCUUUGCGACUUCAUCGAAGCUUCGUGGUCGCUACCAGCCCUUCACAAACGGUAUCCAGACAUUAAGGAACAAGAUUACGGGUCGCUCAAGCUUGAGUUCAAGAUCACGAAAGCCGUGUCUGAUCCUAGCGCGGAUGUUAGCCAUCUCCCAAUCUGGGAUUAUAAAGAGCUCACCAAUGAGGAUAGAAUCAAGACUAUCAAGGGUUGGUAUACUGAAUGUUCAUCUCAGCAUGCUGGAUGUAAGCCAUCCAGUCUCGGGCACCCAAGGCGUCUCAUCCAGUUGGGACCAGAGAAGCACGAUCUUCGACUGAUUGAUACACUGUCGCAACCUUGUGGUGACCUUGAAUAUGCCACCUUGAGCUACUGCUGGGGAACGUCACGUCCGUUUGUAACCACUAAAGAUAAUAUUGGCACUUUACUUCAAAGCAUACCAGCAACGUCUCUUCCUCAAACAUUCCAUGACGCUAUCGAUAUAAUUUGGGAGCUGGGACUCCGAUACAUAUGGAUAGACAGUCUUUGCAUUGUGCAAGAUGACCUUCAAGACUGGCAGAGGGAAGCCACAUCCAUGAAAGAUGUAUACGCUGGUAGUUCCAUCACUAUAUCAGCGUCAGAUGCACAAGACAGCGCGCAGGGAUGUUUUGUUGACAAUAGCUUGGAUCUUUGGGAUGGACGUGAUAUAGGGUUACAUCAAAUGGGAGCCCGCUUCCCAAACAAUAGGGAAUUCUCGAUACGAUUUCAUCAGGGGGAUAUCAGACGCCGCACCAAAUUCUCAAACCUGAACACCAGAGGCUGGACUCUGCAAGAACAAUUACUGUCUCGUCGAGUUAUACAUUGCAUGCAGCCUGAGAUACACUGGAGCUGUCACUGCAGCUACCGAACAGAGUCGCAAGUCAGCUUCGAAGGCGACAGGUUCAAGGGCUUCUCGUGGAGGUUCAUGCCAGAGGUUGCUACUGAAGAAGAAAUGAAGAAAUUAUGGCUUGAGUGGAUGACAGAUUACUCGAGUCGGAAACUGACAGUCACAAGAGAUCGUCUCGGGGCACUGGCAGGAAUGGUGCAGUACUUUGGCAACAAAGUCGGAUUUACACACUUGCUAGGCUGCUGGCACGAAACCCUGGUUGAUGACUUGCUAUGGAUUCGGCGUGGCGACACUGUCCACCCUUCUAUGGCUCUAUCCCAGGUACCAUCUUGGUCAUGGCUCACUCGUGUAGGUACUAUCGAUUUCAGGUUCUGGACUCGGUCAAUGGGCAAAUAUCCUUCCAUUAUCCGAGACCACGUCAAGAUUGUCGAAGCCGGAAUCACUUGGGCGGGGGAACCUAUGGUUUCGGAUAUCGUAUCCAGCACCAUGAUCGUCGAGGGGCCAGUGCGAGAGAUGAGACUCCGUUUAGAUCACAGAACCAAGAACUUCAACCCGCCUUUUAUGAAUGUCGGCGAUGAAGAGCCCGAUUUCAGCGAGACUCCACUUCCUUGGCGGUGUCCAGGAAGGUUUGAUCUUGAGGAUGAACGGGAAGAUGAUAUGUUUACUUGUUUACUUGUACGCUCGGUUUCUCCGGAGUCUCGUGAUAGUCUGGCAUACCCCUACCAAGAAACUUUUCUUCUAUUAGUGCCAGUUUCGACUUCUGAAGGUACGGCUUACAACAGGGUCGGCCUUGCUAUGAUCCGUGGGGAUCAGAGUGAGUUUGCAUCGGCUGAAACGAAGAAGAUCCGUCUAUUAUAG